GGGUUCCUGCACGCCGGCGCGCGCACACCCUUGGACUGAGCCCUAAUUUUUGCACGCGAGCGGGUGGGCGCGCGCGCACUCAGUACGCAGGGAGGGAAGAAAACCGUGUGCUUUCGGGUAGGACCAGGUAACCAAGCACAGCCAUUGCAGCCCCUUCACAUCCUCUGCCACCUGUGUGCUCCCUGCAUUACCCGGCCCUCCCCUGGGUCCUUCUAUAGUUCUACGCCCAACAGCCCUGGGCAGCGCGCGCCAUGGCCCCAAGGAAGAACGCGAAAGGCGGCGGUGGCCACAGCAGCAGCAGCCCAGGCGGCAGCAGCAGCAGCAGCAGCAGCAGCAACAGCAGUAAUAGUAGUGCGGGAGGUAGCCACAGCAGCAGCAGCAACAGCAGCCCAGGGUCCCGCAGAGAGGCAAAGCAUGGAGGACAUAAGAAUGGAAAGAAAGAAGGACUGUCUGGAAGUUCAUUUUUCACAUGGUUUAUGGUAAUUGCAUUGCUGGGCGUCUGGACUUCUGUAGCUGUUGUUUGGUUUGAUCUUGUUGAUUAUGAAGAAGUUCUAGCCAAAGCAAAGGACUUCCGUUAUAACUUGUCAGAGGUACUUCAAGGAAAGCUGGGAAUCUAUGAUGCUGAUGGUGACGGUGAUUUUGAUGUUGAUGAUGCCAAAGUUUUACUAGGCCUGACCAAAGAUGGCAGUAAUGAAAAUAUUGAUUCUCUUGAGGAAGUCCUUAAUAUUUUAGCAGAGGAAAGCUCUGAUUGGUUUUAUGGCUUCCUCUCAUUUCUCUAUGAUGUAAUGACUCCUUUUGAAAUACUAGAAGAAGAAGAGAGCGAAACUGCAGGUGAUGUUGAUGAGGAACCAGGUGGGGUAGCCAAGAGAAAAGCUAAAGCCAAAGUGAAAGAAGUAAUUAAAGAAGAGCUUAAAAAGACAAAGGAGAAACCAGAGUCAAAGAAAGAAAAUAAGAUUGAAGAUAAAAAGAAGGGGAAGAAAGAAAAAGAUGACUGGAAGGAUAAAUUGGCUGCUGAUUCAGAUAAAUCCAGAAAGGAGGCUUCCAAGGGUAAAAAAGAUAGAGAAAAGGAAAAAAUAGGAAUAGAAAAAAGUAGCAAAGACAAAGAGAUUAUGAAAAGAUCAGGAAGUGGAAAAGAUGUUUCUACUAAAAUGGCAUCCAGACAUAAAGAAGAGAAAAAAGUAGAUAAAAAUCCAUCUAAGCUUGCAAGCUUAGCAAAGGGGCAAGAUCGGAAAAAAAAGAACUAAAUUACUUCCAUCAACAUGGAAUGUCAAGUGCUGUACCAUUAUUUAAUAUUUAUUGAAUUAUCAAAUGAUAUUGUAAAUUUCCAGUUUUGGAAAUUCAUUUCCCUGACCUUACUAAACAGAGAUUAUGGAUAAAUUUUGUAAUAACUAUUUUAAAAUGUUUUGUUUUUACAGGAAUAUUUAUUUGCAAAUGAAAAACUUCUGAUUCCACAAUAAAUUUAUUUAAAAAAUUUGUUUGCAAUAUUGAAAACAUGACUGCUUUAGUAACUUUAUUUCAUUAAUUUAAUUUGAUUUCUAUGUAUUGACGAUUUUUUCAAGGUUAGUUUAGCAGCAUAAUAUUUAAAUUGCGCUCAAAAUGGAAAUUUAUAUGGUUAUCCUUUAAUCACAUUUUAAGUGUAAAAUACCAUUUUCUUAAUUAUGUACAUAGAAUGUCUUUUACUGUGAUACUCUGAUAUAUAGCAUAUUUAUUAGUUUGUGUGUCAUAUCAUUUUAAUAUACUAUAACCUCCUUUGGGAAUCAUGUAUUAUGUUUGAAAAUACAGUACCUAGCAUGUAGAUAGAAUGUCUUUUACUGUGAUACUCUGAUAUGUAGCAUAUUUAUUAGUUUGUGUGUCAUAUCAUUUUAAUAUACCAUAACCUCCUUUGGGAAUCAUGUAUUAUGUUUGAAAAUACAGUACCUAGCAUGUAGAAAGUGCUUGAAUUGAAUUGGAAGGUAAGUACUUAAGUAUCUAUGCUGGAAUAAUAAAUAUAUAUUAUAAAUAUAUAUUUAUAAAGUUUGGCCUUUCAUGAACUUCUUGUAGUCACUAGAAUGUAAGCUCUUUGAGGGCAGGAAAAGUUUAAUUUUUGUCUCUUUGGAUCCACAUACCUAAUGCAGUGCUUAGUAUGUAGUAGAUACUUAAUAAAAGCUCAUAGGUUUUGUUGAAUUCCAAAGUAGUUUAGUUAGUUACAAACUGACUAACAGUAGCAAACAGGUCGGCUUAUAAGGCCCUCCUAGAAGUUUUUAUAAAAACUCUAUUUACUAAAACUUAAAGUGAUAAUCCAGGAUGAUUUUUCAUUUUGUGUACAGAAUGGCAUCUUAUUUUGAGAUAUUAUACUGUCCCAUAAUUAUUGAACCUUAUAAAAUGACUUCAUUUUAACUUGUAGAUGAGGCUUUUUUUUUUUAGUUCAACAGAAAACAAUUCAUUUAUCUAAAGAUUUUUUAAAAAGAAACAUAUGCUCAAAAUAGCAUUGAUGUACCUAGAGCUUUAACUUUUUUGUAUCUAGAACUUCAAGUCUAAUUAAGAUAUUGUAAAAAUCUGUUUUUUUGAUGUUGAAAGGACAAUCUUCUAAUUUUGUUUUAGCAGGGAAACGUAUAGUGUUGCCAGUCAGAGUUUAAUUUUUUCUAUAAUUCUAAUCUUUGUUCUGAAAAGCUUAAAAAUGUUCAAUUUUUAUCAUACUUAAGUAGUAAUUUCUAAACUUACUAUGUGUUUAUAUUUGAUGUACAAGUAUAUUUCACUGCUACAAUUCAAACAUCUAGAAAUUCAGUUUAUGUUAAAAUAUUUUUCAUACAUCUAGAACAGUAUGUAACUUUCAUUAAUUCCUAAGCAAAGUUUUUCUAAAAAUGGGUGCUUAAUAACUAAUUUAUCAAUGAAACUAAUAGAUUUUUUAAAGGAUUAUUUAUUCUCAUUUCAGAUGGUUUCUUGUUUACUGUGUUGACAAAAUAUAUAGAUUUAUGAAAAUUUAAAGGAAAUGUAUAAGUGAUAAUUUAUCAGUAUUAUAAUUUUUAACCUAAUCUUACCAGAAGUCAGGGAAUUUUGUGUUUCUAUUAAAUUGUAAUAUUGUAAUAAUUUUUAGAUAUUAUUUUGGUGAUAGGUAAUAGCUUUUUAAGAAGACAUUCUAAUAGAGAAAAUUGUAAAUUUUAAAUGAAUUGAAAAAGAGAACCUUUGUUUAAUUAUUCAUGAAUUUAUCAGAGUACCACUGAUAUUAAUGAGCUUGUUUUCAGUUUAAUAAUUUUUCUCUUAAAUAUCUGAUGAGUAAUGAUAUCUGUAUAUUAAAACAAAUACAAAUGCAUUCUGAGACUGAUUAUUAAAUACAGUGCUUCAUAUUUUAAUUCAUUUGGCUUAGUAAAAUUCAGAUUUGAUCUUUACAAAAAGGGUAACAAUUUUUAUGCUGCUCUAUUUUAUUUUAGCAUUGUAGCUCAUCUACUACCAACAUGAUUAGUUAAACUUUUAUUUUAGUUAAUUUGUUGAGGUUAUACUUGAGGUACACUUUUAAAUCUCUAUCUUAAAAUAUUUUUAUUUAUGAAUAUAUUUCUCACUAACAUAGAUGUCUUUAAAACAUUGCUUUUUAUUAUUAGGCAUAGUGAACUGAAAGUAAUUUAAAACUGGUCUGAUUGCUUCAUAUUGUUUGACAUUUCUAUACUGGUGGAGUUUCAAAAUUUUUAUGUUACUUGAUUAAUAGAUCAGUUUAAAAAUCAUAUUAAAUCUGAUAAUUAUUCUUAGUUCAGUUUUUCCACUUUUUAUUCCUUUCUAAUACCAGGUAAUGACUAUUCUUCUCAAUUUCAACAAUAAAUUUGAGUUAUAGUUCCUGAUAUAAACUAUUCAAUGAGUUCUAUGUAAUCAUGAGUAUAACUCAAAAUGGAAAUGUCAAUAUAAAAAUAAAUCCUCAGUUUUUAUUUUAGUUAUAGAAUUUUUCAGUUCUUUCAAUUUUUUUGAAACAUGAAAUGUACUUUUUAAAAUAAGAUUUGUAUAAAGUGUGCUUAGGUAUAAAAAUGACCUUAGAGAAGAAACUUGUUUAACUCAUAAUGUGCCUGAACUGUUUUUCUGUAGCAUCCGAUUGCCAUUUGUAACACUUUAUCUGGAGAAGUUCAUUAGAAUUUUGCUUGAGAUGCCAGGAACACAUCUUGCCCAUGAAAAAUAAUGUUAUACAAGAGCUGGCAUAAACUGUGAUUAAUGGCUAUUUCCUUCCCCCCUCUUAGAUACAAAAGUGUCCUCUUAAUAUUUUCUCAGUUACAUUUUAAAAAUAGUUUAACAUUCAUUUUUUUUAAAAAAAUUGAGUUCCAAGUUCUCCCUCCUCCCAUUUCCCCCAUCCCCAUUCAUUGAGAGGGCAAGCAAUAUGAUAUUAAUUAUAAUUAAAAUUAAUUGUAAGUUAAAUUAUAAAAUAUAUUUUUACAUUAACUAAAUUGAAAGUAAAAAACAAGAAAAAGAAAGUGAAAAACAUGCUUUAGUCUGUACUCAGAGCUCAUGAACUCUGGAGGUGGAUUACAUUUUUUAUCACGGGUCUUUUGGGAUUUUGUAGGAUCAUUGUAUUGAUCAGAUAGUUAAGACUUUUAUAAUUGAUCAUUAUUAUUGUAUAUGCAAUGUUCUCCUAGUUCUACUCAACUUCACUUUGCAUCAACGCAUUUAAAUCUUCCCAAGUAUUUCUGAAACUAUCCUACUACUCAUUUCUUAUACAGUACAGUGGUAUUCUUUGAUAGACUAUUUUCAAUUCAGUUUUCCAUCAUCCCUCAUUUUUUUUUUCCUUUUUGAGUCCAGGGAUUGGCACAUUGUAUUCCACUGUUGCUUAGAACCAGUUUCUCUCCUUCACACAUUCACCUUAUACAUAUUCAGUUUCUUCUCCUCUCCUCACCUUGAAUCAGUCACAUACCAUUUUUGAGGGUUUUCUAAGAAUUUAUAUAAAUAGCAUUUUUAUCUUUCAUGAGUUACCAAUGGCCAAAAUACUCACCACCUUGUGAUGAAUCUAAUAGCAAACUAAUAGCAAUGAGGCUCUACAUUAGGCAGGUCUUCAGGAAGUAGAAGCUUGAUCUCUUCAAGACUAUAUCUGAAUCCUUUCUCACUUGAAAGAAUCCAUCAGAACUUGAACUUUGCAGUCAUUUUAGCACUCAUGGUUACUUGAAGAAAGUAACAGAAUGUGUUUUAAAGGAUACCCAUUUUGUGUCCCAAAGCUUUCUCUAUUUUUUUUUUCCUUUUAGCUAUAGAGCAAGUGGGCGUAUUUGUUGUUGGCAUACACACACACACAUAUACACACACAUAUGUAUAUAUAAAGAAUAUUCAAGAAAAGUCAUUCUGUAUUUUAGAGGAGAAUUUUGGCACCCUAAGUCUUAGGGCUCUGAGAUGAGAAACAAGAAUAGCUUUGCUCAUCUGCAAUAUGAGUAAUCUGAGGCAAACAAGUUUAAGUGACUUGUCCAGGUGACUCAGGUAGUAAUUGACUGAUGUUAAAUUUGAACUGAGGUCUUCUAGACUCCAAACCAGUUGCUCUCUCUCUUUCUGUGCCACAUAGAUCCUUCAAUGCACAGUUAUCAUUGAACAUUAUUAAAGGAAUUUUGUGAAUAUUUUGAUGAAAUAUUCACUUUAUUUAUAGCAUUCUCCCAAUUAGAAUCCCUACUUAGUGACAAGGAAAUUGAAAAAUAAUUUUAUAAGUUAGCAUAUGUCAUAAUUACUUUUAGCCCCUUAGAUAAAUGUGUUUUUAGUUUCAAUUUAAAUACCCUGUACUCAGUAGUUCUUUGUAUUGCCUAUGUUCCUGAUGCCAAUACUAAUGCAGAUUCUAACAGACUGAAAAGACUUCAUUUAUAAUUUUGGUGAAUGGUUGCAUGUCUGCUGUGUAGGAACCAACCUAAUUGAAUUUAGGGAGACUUAUCAAUAGGUCUGCAGAGAGUUUUUUAGCUCAGUGGGUGGAAGAAAUGGUCCCACCCCUCCAAAAAAAAAAAAAUCACAGUUCCUUCUACUAUUGGAGCAAUUGCUAUAAGGAUAGUGAAAUCUUAUUUUUUUCCUCUGUAGUAAUGUUUAUAAAUGUCUGUCUGCUUUUUCAACUUCAGAAGAUAGCUUAUUAGGAUACUUUCCAUUCUAGUAAAUAAUUAAAUGCCUACUGUGUGUCAAACACAAUGCUAUGUCCUGGGGAUAAACUUAAUAGAAAAGUCUACCCUCAUUUUGCUUGUACCUUGUGGGAAGAGUGCAAGGGAAUCUUGUUCUGUGAAAAUAGGCUGAGCAGCUAAUGUAAAGUGGAGUGAGUUUAACCUACUUUCUGCCCUUUAUAAAGAAAGGCAUUGGGAGGAGUUUGUUCUAUCCUCCAGACCUCUAAUCUGAGGAGAGAGGAGGCUGAAAGAAAUGGAGUCAAGAAAGUCUUGAGAUAAGAUGGUGUGAGUUUAGGAAUGUUAAGCUAGAUUGUCCUGGAAGGUGGGGCAUCUUGUUCCUUGGAGAUGAAACCAGUACUUCUUACUUAAACAAAUUCUUUAGUUGAAUGAUUAAAAAAAAAAAAAAUCAAGUCAGUUUUUCUAUAUAGUCUUAACAGAAAUGGAAAUGUUUUACUCCUUUUAAAUGAAUUUUAGCUACAUUUUAAUGCACUGAUCUGUUAUUCCCAUAGCUUUUAACUCCCUGGACUUAAGUCAUCAUUAUUUAAAGUACUGCUUCAUAUGAUGCUUAAAAAAGCACAUAGUGUGGGGCAGCUAGGUGGUGCAGUGGAUAGAGCAGCAACCCUGAAGUCAGGAGGACCUGAGUGUAAAUCUGGCCUCAGACACUUAACACUUCCUAGCUGUAUGACCUUGGGCAAAUCAUGUAACCCCAAUUGCCUCAGGGGGGAAAAAAAAGCACAGUGUACUAUAUGAUUUUAGUUCCUAUAAAAUAUAUAAUUCUUAACUUUUAAAAAAGCACUCUUACUCAAACAUGCAAAGGCAAAGAAGUGUUGGGAUAAAAUAAUUUUGCUGAAUUUGAAAUUUGAAAUUUGAAUUGGUUAAUUUAUCACAUAUCUCUAGUCUGUUUUACUAGUUCCUUCCAUUUACAAUAAAAAUGUAAAGAAUCUGAGAUUACUAAAGGAAAUAAAAACAUUAAAUACAUAUACUAGAUAUGCAAAUAAAUUAUUUUUUUAAAUGGUCAAAGGCAUUUUAUUUUAAAUUAUUUUAUAAAAUGUAUUUGAAGGCAUUUUAUUUUAAGGGAUUUCAUACUUACUGGAUCAUAGACUUAGAGCUAGAAGAGAACUCAUAAAAAUGAGCUAAUUUAACCUUCUCAAUUUUUAGAUGAGGAAUUUAAAAUCCCAGGGAAUAUAAAUGAUUUAUCCAGAGACACAUAGUUGAUAAUCCUGCAUUUGAACCUAUGUCUUCUGAUUCUUGGAUCAGAAUGCUUUCUUUUAGAGUUUCAUUACUUUUUCUGAAUAAGCAUUAGAUGUUGCAGUAAAUUAAGUGCUGGCCAUAGAGUCAGGGAGGACUUGAGUUCACAUCUAGAAGACAUAUAUUUAUUGGCUCUGUGAUCAACUAGUUACCUUAAUUUCCUUAUUUGAAAAAUGAGCUGAAAAAGGAAAUGGCAAACCACACUAGUAUCUUUACCAAGAAAGCUCCAAAUGAGGUCCCAGAGUUUGACAGAAGUACUUGACUAAACAACAAAGCUUUCUAUGAAAAUUUAUCUAAAAAGUUAAGUUAUAGCCUGUUGAUAUUGUUUUAAAUAUAUAUAUUAUUAUUAUUAUGAACUUAUAUACACAUGAAAAAGAAAAUCCAAACAAGCAUUUCUGUAUACACAGUAUAAUUGAAAAAGAGAAUUUGUAAAUGAAAUUGUGAAGUGCUAUUAUAUGUUGCCUGUUUUUAAAAAAAGCAUAUAAUAAAUUCAACAUUUUAUUUUUAAAAA